AUGUUUACCUGCUGUUGCGUAGAUGAAAAGCCUGCUGAUUUUGUGGAGUUACAAAUGGACAGUGCCUUCCCAGAGGGAAAGGGCGCGGCCUCGCCAACUGCUCCCGUGACGUUCGACAUCUUCCUUGACCGUGCCCCCGGCACCUACUUCGGUGUUGACCUUUCCAGUGCGGGAAAGGCAUGUGUUGUCACCAGUGUCACCACCGACGGCCUCAUCGCGGAUUGGAACUCCAAGUGUAGCGAAGAAACGAAGGUGCAGAAGUACGACAGACUGUAUGCAGUGAACGGUCAAGCAAGCGAGAAAAGCAAGGAGAUCUUGGAUCUGCUGAAAUCGACGCACAACAAGAUGGUGCUCACCUUCCAGAGAGCGGUCGUGAGCGAGGUCAAGAUUCAGCGAGGUGCCCUAAACUUGGGCAUGCAUUUGAAAGACGGCCCCCAUUUCCUUCUCGUGCUCGGUGUCGAUGAUGGGGUUGUCAAGGACUUCAACAAGACGGUGCCUGCUGAGCAGCAGAUCCAGCAGUCGGACCGAAUCGUGGGUGUAGAUGGCUUUGAAGGAGUUGGAGCAGCACUCAUGGACAAGGUCCGAAAUGCAGGUCCCGAGGUAACGUUGAAGGUCUUGGCUUGGAGGCGAGGUUGCAACACGCCAGCAGUCAUGCAGUCUUCUCCCUCACCGGUUGCUCUCUUUGCAGACCAUAGACUGGAUUCUGCGGUGCUGGGGCCUCAGGGCCUCAGCCUCACAGCCGACGCCGAGCGCAGAUUGGCCCGCAUACUCAAGCCAGGCGGGCAAGAGGUCCCAAUCGCAGUCGAGGAUGUAGAGCUCCACGCUGGAAGCAGCCUGAAGUGA